AUGGCGCCUAAACGAGUUCUGAUUACAUACGGCGUGGACGUCGAUGCUGUCGCGGGCUGGCUAGGCUCAUAUGGUGGCGAAGAUUCCACAAAUGAUAUUAGCAGAGGAUAUUGGGCAGGGACGAUUGGAACUCAGCGUCUGCUGAAACUGUUCAAGAAAUACGAUAUCAAGACAACAUGGUUCAUUCCCGGUCACUCCCUUGAGACAUUCCCAGAGGACAUGGCCGCCGUCCGCGAUGCGGGUCAUGAGAUUGGCCUGCACGGAUAUUCCCACGAGAACCCAACGGAUAUGUCUCUAGAGCAGCAGCGCGACGUGCUCGACAAGACAUACCGACUGUUGACUGAGUUUGCUGGAAAGCCUCCUCGAGGUAGCGUGGCGCCAUGGUGGGAAACCAGCAAAGAAGGCGCCCAACUCCUCCUUGACUACGGAAUUGAGUACGACCAUAGUAUGAGCCACGAGGAUUGUCAAGCUUACUAUCUCCGAACGGGCGACACCUGGACUAAUAUCGACUACAAGAAGAAGGCGGAGGAGUGGAUGAAGCCUCUUGAGCAUGGACCUCAAACGGGACUUGUCGAGAUCCCGUCAAACUGGUACAUUGAUGAUCUACCGCCGAUGAUGUUCAUCAAGAGCGCACCGAACAGCCAUGGCUUCGUUAACCCACGGGAUGUUGAGGAUAUCUGGCGCGACCAUUUUGACUAUUUCUACCGCGAGUACGAUGAGUUUAUCUUCCCGAUUACUAUUCACCCGGAUGUUUCCGGGAGGCCUCAUGUGCUGCUCAUGCAUGAAAGGCUCAUUGAACACUUCAAAAAACACGAAGGUGUCGAGUUCGUGACAAUGGAGCAGGUCUGCGAUGACUUCAAGAGUAAGAAUGCUCCUCCACCUGGGGCUAUGAUGCCUGCGAAGGCUGGUGCUAUGUUGAAGAAUGGAGUGAACAUGUGA